AUGAACCAGCAAACGAUUUUCGUGAAUUCUGAACAGCAAUGCUACGAAAUGUUUUCCGAACCAGUGCACUUUCCACUCGACAUCGGCAAUGAGCAGCUCAUCAUCACCAUGCAGGAUCAACGAACUAUUAUUGAUCGCCGGAAUUGGUACCUGUCACGCCCUCCAAACAUUAUGCCGUCUGAUGCGGUGCCUUCAUCGAGAAGAGAGAAAGAACCAAUCAACUUGUAUUCCUUGAUAGCACAAUUGUGGCAAGUAUUAAACGGAAUAAGUGCACACUUGCAAAUCCCCGCAAAGUCUGGUCAGCCUAUGCAACUUGGACCUGAGAGACCGUUCUGCUUUCACUAUGAGAAACAAACCGAUACGGAAGAUUUACCAUACUUUCAAAACUACGAUCGUUUGAAGCAUGGCGAAAAGGUGAUCAGACAUGUGCACUAUGUUGUGGAGAGCGCCGUGAAAAAUAGGGCCACAAACACGGAAACGGAUCAAAACAACGAACGGAUGGAAAUUGAGGAAUUAACGGAUAUUGAAGAUAUCAUGGCUCAUGUCACCGGUGUGAAAUAA